AUGUUACCCCCUUGUCCAAACCCAGACAACAUCGAAAUCUGCAUCAUAUGCGCCUCGCUACAAGAAUCCAAUGCAGUCUGUUCUAUAUUCGACGAGACCUACAAGUCUGGAAGUACAGAUAGACAUGCCCAAGACCAAAUUACCAACCCCCAGAAAUAUGAUUAUAUCAUGGGUCGGAUCGCCGGCCACAAUGUUGUCCUUGCACGCUUGCCUGGUAUGGGUAUAGUCUACUCUGCUGGCGAAUCUCACCGCUUAAAAGAGCGCUUCAAGAGGAUUAAGCUUGCCCUACUCGUCGGGGUAUGUGGUGCAGUACCAAAGAGACCAGAUGGACAAAAAAUCAGCCUUGGUGAUGUUGUCAUCAGCAGAGAUGUCAUACGAUACGAUCUUGGAAAGCAGUAUCCGUUUGGUUUUCAGUGGACUGAUGCUUCAGGGGAUAGCUGUAUGAGGCCGAAUGGGCAUAUCAGGGAGUUUGUAGCAAAAUUAGAAAUGAGACGUGAGAAGCUCGAGCAACGAGCCUGUGAGUUUCUGAGAAAGACAGCGGGCAUACCGUGUGUGGAUCAGGGCUGCGAUCUGAACCUUCUCCUACCGCGCAAUCCACCGAAAGCUGAAACCAGUGACAAUAAGCCUGUUCUACAUUUUGGAAACUUUGCUUCCGAAGAGAUUGUCAUGGAUUAUGCCGAGGACCGUGAUGAAAUCGCACAAUUGGAAAAUGUCAUUGCUUUUGAAACGAUAGCUGUUGGUGUGUGGGACAAUCUCCCAUGUAUGAUUGUGAAGGGUGUCGGUGAUCACGCUGAUGGCCAUGUUAGCGAAGAGUGGGAGCAAUAUGCUGCAGCAACGGCGGCGGCCUGUGCCAAAGCAAUCCUGGAGGAGUGGAUCACAUCAGCUAGGUUGAACUACGAUUGUCUAAAUCGGUUGCAUGGGGUAGCGAUGACUUUGGCAUUAGAGCCCAAGCGAAUGAAGCUGAGGGUCUUGCUUUCUGUCUGUUGGCUAUAG